AUUACCCACUCGUGAGUAAUGGCUUGCGAUUCGAAUUCCAAUUUAAAAGUUAGUUCGAUCAAGUUGAGUCAUCUUUUCAAGUAGUCAUAGAAACGCGACGCGCGUCCCGGAAUGGUAGAUUACGAGGCCAAGAGGGAUGAAUGCGUGAUUGUCGCUUUGGCGAGCCGCAACUGCCGCAAGGACCGCAGGGUCGUGACAGUUCGUGACAGUUGUGCAAUUAGCGUGAUUUCGCGCGCUCUCUCGAGGAUUCGCAAUUUCGAAACCGAAAUGGAGCGAAAAUAUCAGAGGGUUGGUUUGGGGGUGGGCGCAUUUCACAAUCCUCCAAGGGCGAAAUAUAGCGAGGAAACAAAGAAUCUCAUUAAGCUGUUAAUGGAAGAAUCCAAGUUAUCAAUGAUGCAAAGGAAAAUGAUUCAGGAGGCGGUAGACAAGGGCGAAUCCUUACCGCCUUCCAUCGAUAGAACGAAAAAAGCGAAAGAUAAGGUCGAAAAUGAUCAAGUUAAAUUUCCUAAUGCUUGGAGGAGGCGUUCACAGGAUAUGAUUAUAAGCAGCGGUGCUUACGAGAGAGAACAAUACAGGAGGACAGCGCCCUUACCCAACAAGGAGAAACAAAAGCGUCACUUGGCAUGUAUGAUGGCUUUUGGAAAGGACAUGCCGGAGACUCCUCAUGGUCCUAAGAUCCUCCACAGGGCUAAACGGGAACCAGAAAUACCUGAAAAUGCGGAUUUUCUGAACGACUUGACACAAGGGAUUCGCGAAAGGAUGGAUUUCUUGCACGAUAUGGAGAGUCUCGGAAUGGGGAAGAAGUAUCGACCUAUAAUACAGCAGGAGAUAGCGCAGAAAAUACGGCUAAUGGAGUCGCUGGAUAAUCAAACGUCCGAUCAGCUAUGAAAAGAAUUUUAUGAAGUUAAGAACGAAAGACCGUCGUCAAAAUUAUUUCCAUUGACUGAACCGGGACAGAAUUGAUUCUUCCAUUGAUAUAAUCUACAUGUAAGCGCUACAGCGCUAUAGAUGACAUAGAUUGGAUUUUACGUGUGUUACAUAUAAUAUUAUCAAUCAGAUAUUUUUUAUUGUAUUUCAAUCAUCUGAUAACGACAAAUGAAUUUUACAGAUAAGAACGUAAUGCCAAGAUAAUAAUGCCAAGUAUUAUAAUCAUAAUGAUUCAACUGUCUGAAAUCUCUUUUCUGGCGGUUCCGAAGCAGAAAACAUAAACACCGCAGCAUGUUUCAUUCCGCUGGGCUUAUCGCUUCACGAGGACUCCGCGGCGAGCCGCCGCGAUCGCCCACCACG